UGUUUUUGUGCAAGGUUGAUAAAUGUUACCUUUGUUUGCAUUUAUCUCCUUAAAACCCGACCUCGACGCUUGUGUCUCAGUCUCAGUCUCACUUUAGCUUUCAGUUUCAGAUCUCUCUUUCAUCACACCAAUUUCCAGGAUUUGAAACAUGGCAGAUUCAAAACCAGGAUUGAGGAAGCCCGUGUUCACCAAGGUUGAACAGCUUCGCCCAGGAACGAGUGGGCACACUUUAACCGUGAAGGUGGUCAAUGUUAAGAUGGUGAUGCAGAAAGGUCGCUCCGAUGGUCCUCAAUCCCGUCAAAUGCGAAUUGCUGAAUGUUUGGUUGGUGAUGAGACUGGAAUGAUCAUAUUUACUGCCAGAAAUGAUCAAGUGGAUUUGAUGAAAGAGGGCUCUACUGUGAUCCUUCGUAAUGCGAAAAUUGACAUGUUCAAAGGAUCAAUGCGACUUGCUGUGGACAAGUGGGGCCGUGUUGAAGUCACAGAUGCUGCUAGUUUCACUGUGAAGGAGGAUAAUAACUUGUCUCUUAUUGAGUACGAACUGGUGAAUGUUGUUGUGGAAUAACUUGUUUUGGAAAUUGUGGAACUUCUACUUAGAAUAAAAACAAAUCAAGUUUUUCUAUGGGACAUCUCAGCAUGGCCAUCACAUUCACCUCAGUUUAGGAAUAGAGAUUUGAGAAGCCAGUACAGUACCAACACUGCAUCUUACUGUUGAACUUCUUGUAGCUUCAACCAUUGAACAAACGGUGACUGUUAGUGCAAAAAAGAAUAUGAGAAUUGGCUUCCAAAUCAUGCUUUUUGUUAUGCUAUCUCUUGACAAUUUUGGAUUAUGUGUAUCAGAAUAUUCUACAUGGCAGGUGAAUGUUUAUAUUUUAUGUUACCCUUCGUUUA